AUGGACGAGCAGCCCUUCCUGAUCCCCAUUACGGAUCGAGCCGCCUAUUUAGCACGUGUCCACAUCGGCACCACCAUACCUCUUCUCGCUCUCUGCCUUGUGCCCUUCUCCGCCCGGUUGUACAUCCGCGCUUGGCCGAUAUGGAGGUUCGGAUGGGAUGAUGCCCUCAUUGUGGCCGGCCUGGUAAGCUUUGCAUUGGCCAUCACCGAUUGGGUUUUAGUCUUGGGCGAGAUGUUCACAUCGCCUCAGCUCAUCACUGUGUCUAGAGCAACCAAUGCCACCAUGCUUGCCUACAUCGCCAUCCCCGUAUGGGGGCUCGCCAUGACGUGCAUCAAGGCGUCGGUCGCCCUCACGCUGCUGCGGCUUCCGCUGGAUCGCGUGUGGAUUAUAUCCCUCCGGGUUAUCCUAGCUGUUCUUGUCGUCUAUCUUGUCGGCGACACGGUCUACAUCUUCACCAAAUGUCGACCCCUACAGGCCAGCUGGGACUUUACCGUCGUGAAUCCGCAAUGCACCGACCCACAUACCGAUGUGAUAGUGUCCAGCAUAGCUACUGCCGUCAACAUCACCACCGACGUGCUAUUGUCGCUGGCGCCUAUGAUCACUCUCUGGAACGUGCGACGGCCCCUGCGCGAGCGCGUCCUCGUCUGCAUCCUGACGGGCAUGGGCCUCUUUGCGAGCCUCGUCUCGAUACUUAAGGCCGUCUUGAUCAUGUCGUGGGGAGACAGGAAUGUCGAGGAUCCCUGGGCGCUGGCCGUAUCCAUCUCAACCUACACCAUUGGCGAGCAAUUCCUCGCCCUGCUGGCGGCCUGCAGCCCGUCCCUCAAGGGCCCCAUCCAGAAGCUGCUCCGCAAGUUCGGCAUCCUGCUCACCCGAUACGAGACCAACAUCUCGUUCGUCCACAUAUCCCCGACCCGGAGGCGGCGGAUCGACGCCGAGUCCGGCAUCAGCAGCGGCCAGUACGAUGAGAUAGCGGACGGUGUAACGAGCGGCAAGCCGAGCAGAGCCGCGUCAACUUCGGGGGAAGCGUCGACGUCGACAUCGUCUUCAGCGGCGUCAGGCCAGGAUGACGCGCUGAAAAGUCCGGAUAUAAUUACUAAUCAUGUAUCAUAACACUGGCUGGGUUCAAACAUCAGAUCGCCAUUUCAGUGCUUCACAAGUAAUCCUGCGUGCCGUCGGGCACCCCAGCGUGACAAUUUGCGGCUGAUAUUACCAUAGCCAUCCAGACUAAGAACUGGCGGGGUCAAUCCUCCUUGUAUCCCUUCAAAUGCAACCCCCGCAUAAUCCUUCGCGCACCCCGGCGAAUCAUUAGUUUUAGGCAUACAAAGCCUUAUCAGAAUGCCGUGUCCGCUGACGUCCAUUGAUGAGCCUCUCAAAUGAACAGAAAGUAACAGCACGUUCCCCUAAAGGGAAGAUCUCCCCAUGUUGAAGACGAAAGCCAGCCGACGAUGAAUCUUGGUGCUGCUGCUUGCUGCUGCGCCGCAAUAUCAAUUAAUUGCCCUGCGGCUUGCUCCCGCGCAGGUGACCCCAGAUCUUUCACAGGGGGAAGGGGGGGAGCUUUGGAGUCGG